AUGGAGCGCGGGCUCGACGAGAUCGAGAACUCCACGCAGCCCGCCGGCACGGCCGCCUCCGCGGCGCUGACCCACGCUCCCACCGUCAUCCUCGCGCAGAACGGGGGCGAAACGCUCGAAGAGCCCGACGACGCCCCCGCCGCGCCGAGCGUGACCUACACCGCGGACGAUUUCCCGGACGGCGCCGAGGCGCGCCGGCUCUACAGCCUCGCGCUGCUCCUCAACGCCCGAGCCAACCCCGGCCCGGACGGCACGCCCCUCUGGCCCGAGUUCCUCGCCAGCAACAUGAUGCUCCAGUACGUGCCCUGGGCCGCGGCCAUCGUCGAGUUCGUCGCGGGCAUCUUCGUGGUCUUCGGGCUGCUGACGCGUCUCGCGUCGCUCGCGCUCGCCGGCGUGAUGGCCAACGCCCUGCUGCUCACGACCAUCGGCCCCGCGGCCGUCUCGGGCGACGCCUUCUGGGGCUUCCUCCCCGACCCGCAGUUCCAGAAUCCGGACGCCUGGGUCGCGGCGUGGCAGACGAUGUUCUUCCAGCUCACGACGGGCGUGAUCGCCCUGGCGCUCGUCUUCACCGGCGCGGGGUGGCUCUCGUUCGACCAGCGGCGACGGCGACGACUCGUGACGGGCGCGCCGGAUGAGCCGAACCGGCGCACGCCCGGCGCGGAGUCGGAGAUCGCGCCGCGGAGCGCGUGGCUCGCCUCGUUCCUCGUCCACGCGCUCGUGGUGGUGCUCGCGUUCUUUAUCGUCUGGACCGUCUCGCCGGGUGACGAGAACGUCACCCCGGCGAUCGCCAGCUUCGACGACCCGGGCCUGGCGCCGAUUUCCGAGCUCGCGAGCGACGAGCCGGUCGAGUUCACCUCCGAGCCGCUCGAGCUCGAGCCGGAGCCCAUCGAGGUCGAGCCCGAAGUGACGCUCGCGGAGCUUUUGCGCGACCUGGACGACGCCCAACAGCAAGUCGUGGUGGAGCGGACGACGACGCCGAUCGAGCGCGAAUCGCUCAUGAACGAGCGCCGUUUUCCGGAGGUGCGCUUCGCGGGGACGGGCGCGUCCAACGCGGAGCGGAUUGUGUACGUCGUGGACGCGUCGGGCUCGCUGCGCUCGACGUGGCCCUUCCUGAUCGAGGAGCUGAAGCGCUCGAUCGGUCAGCUGGCGCCGACGCAGCAGUUCCAGGUGAUCUUUUUUCUCGACGACGCGGCCGGCACUGGGCGCGGGUACGUCCGCGCGAGCCACCCGACGGACGACGAGCGCUCCCACCGCCUGAUCCGCGCGACGCGCGAGAACGUGCGCUUCAUCGAGGACUGGUUCACCACGAUCGGCCCGCGGGGCAAGGGCGACCCGCUCGAGGCGAUCCGCAUCGCGUUCCAGUUCAAGCCGGACGCGGUCUUUUUCCUCGCACGCUUCACCGGCAUCGCGACGGACCCGGACAAGGGCGCGCUGCUCGCGGAGCUGAACGAGCUCAACCCGCGCGUCGGAUCGGAGGGGAAUCGCGCGGUGGUGAUCAACGGCAUCCAGUUCCUCGACGCGGACCCGAAGGGCGUGCUCGAGGCCGUCGGCGCCGAGCACGGGAGAGCUCAACGCGCGAAGGAGAUAGCACGCAUGCGCAUCCGCCCGAUCCUCUGGAUCGCCAUGAUCCUGUUCGCAGCGCCCGCGGGUGCGCAGACCGAUCCCUUCGAGCUCGACCCCUCGGAGUCCGUCGCGACGCAGGCCGAGCCCCGUCGCGCCCCGGCCGAGACCUCGCUCGCCGAGGCGUUCCUCAUCCAGCGCCACCCCGAAACGGGCGAGCUGGAGCUGUUCGGCUCGCUCAUCAUCUGGUUCCUGCUCGCGCUCAGCGCCGCGAGCCUGGGGCUGCUCGGCGCGAUGGCGAUGGGCGCCCGCGAGAAGCACAUCGCCCCCGCCGAGACCGUCCAGCGCGCCGGCUACCUGCUCAAAGAGGGGCGGUACGAGGAGCUGAUGGACACCCUCGAGGCCGACGGGACGUACUUCGCCAAGGUCCUCUUCGGCGCGCUCUCCGAGAGCGCCCACGGCCACACCGCGAUGAUCCGCGCGUGCGAGCAGGCCUCCGACGACCACACCAUCCGCCGCCUCCGACGCAUCGAGCCGCUCAACAUCAUCGGCAACGUCGCGCCGAUGAUCGGCCUCUUCGGCACCGUCUACGGCAUGAUCCUCGCCUUCGGCGAGAUCGUCGCCUCGGGGGGCACGCCGGACCCCGUCGGCCUCGCCGCCGGCAUCGGCACCGCGCUGACGACCACGUUCUGGGGCCUCGUCGUCGCGAUCCCCGCGCUCGCGGGGUACGCGUUCCUGCGCAACCGCGUCGAGAUGCUCACCGUCGAGGCGAGCCGCCAGGCCGAGGCGCUGGUGAACACGCUCCGCGACGCGCCGGAGGGCGAGGCGGCGGGCGCACGCCGCGAGAACCGCGGCAUCCCCCGUGGUGCGGCGAUCGAGAGCGCGCCGGCGCACGUCCGGGCGAACCUCACGCCCAUGAUCGACGUGGUCUUCCUGCUCGUGAUCUUCUUCAUGCUCGUGGCGCAGAUCAGCCGCACGCAGAUCGUGGAUCUCGACCCGCCCGAGAUCGAGCACGCCGCGUCGGCGCGCAUCGGUGAGGAGACGCGCCUCGUCGUGAACAUCACGCCGGGCGAGUCGCCCGAGGACGCCUACCGACUGGGCACGCUCACGUUCGACGCGACGGAGCGCGGCGCGAGCGAGCUGUCCACCGCGAUCGUCCAGGCGUACGCGCGGAACCCGGGCGUGCAGGUGCACGUCCGCGCGGACCGCACGGAGAGCUACCAACGCGUCCACCCCGCGCUCGAGGCGGUCCGGGCCGCGGGCAUCGGCACGGUUUCGCAGCAGAGCACCCCGCUCGGGCUCAACGUCUCGACGAUGAUCGACGUCGUCUUCCUGCUGCUCAUCUACUUCCUGCUCAUCACGGAGUUCUCGCCGCGCGAAGAGGCGUUCGCGAUGGCGGUCACCGAGCAGCAGGCGGCGCAGCAGGCGGACCCGUUCGACCUGCCGACGCGCCCCGUGCGCGUCCGCGUGCGGAGCUUCGGCGACGGCGCGGGCGAGUACGCGAUCACGACGGAUUCCCCGCUCAUCGGCGCGCUCACCAGCUACGAAUCGCUGUACGAAGAAGUACGCACGCGCCGCGGCGCCGCCUUCGCGCCGGACCAGAGCUUUAUCAUCGACGCCGCCCCGGGCUCCCGCUGGGAGCACGUGAUGGGCGUGUUCAACGCGCUGCAGCGGGCGGAGUUCGAGAAGGCGCAGGACGCUCCCGCGACCCGGGUCGAGGGGUUCGCGGACGCGGAGCGGCUGAUCGAUGGCAUCGAGACGGGUAUCCGCGAGCUGGAGCGCACGGGCGCGGACCUGGCGGUGCUCUUCGGCAUCCCGUCGGACGCCGAGCGGGCGCUCGUGAUCGAGCAAGGCGGGGAGCUGCUCGCGAGCGCGACCCGGGCGCGCGCGAUGAUCGCGGAGGCGGUGGAGCGCGCCGACCGCGCGGGCGUGGGCGAGAGCGAGCUGCGCGACGAGCUGAUCACCGCGAACGCCGGGCAGCUGCCCAUCCGCGUGGCUCGGGCGGCGCUGCUCGUCGCGGGCGCGACGCCGGACGCCGCCGAGCGUCGUGCGAUGAUCGAGCGGGCGACAUCGGCGCUCGCGGACGUGCGGGCGACCUCGCCCUGGAUCGACCUCGAGACGGCCACGCUCCGUGGCAUCGCCGCGCUGCUCGGGGGGGACACGCUCGCCGCGAUCCGGCGAUUCGACGGCGCCCGCGUAGCGUUGAGCGACCGCGACCCGUCAGACCCGCUCGCGCGCGAGUUUGCGCCGGCGGUGAUCCUCGGGCUCGUCCGAGCGACCCUCGAGGGGCGCGGCUGGUCCGCCGCCCAGACGGCGCAGAACGCCCUGACCGAUGCGCCGCCCUUCGAGACGCUCGGCCCGCCCGACCCGGCGCUGGCGGUGGUGCUCGCGGACGUUCGCUUCGCGAUCCAGGCGGCUCGUGCGGCGCAGGAGAAGACGCGCUCGGACCGGGGACGCAUCGUCCGCGACGCGUUCGCGCACCACGAGCGCCUCGCCGCGCAGCUCGCGGGGGGAUCGCUCACCGAGGCGGACGCGUGGCGGCUCGCGAGCGCGCAGGCGUCCGAGGCGGUCGAGGACUGGAUGGAGCGACCGCUCCUGCCGCCGAUCGCGAAGGCGGGUCUCGCGUUCGAUCUCAUGGAUUCAGAGAGCACACGCGACGAGGGCGUGGUGCUCGCGCGGGAGGCGUUGAGCGAGACCGAGCCGGGCUCCGCGCCGCACGGGCUGAUCGCCUGGGAACUCGCCCGGGCGCUCGCGAUGAUCGGCACGCCCGAGCGCCUGGCCGACGCGGCGCAGAUCGCGGGGGAUCUCGCGCGGCGAGACCCCUCGCGCACCGACGCGCUGGACCUCGCGUGCACCGCGGCGACGGCCUCACUCCGCAUGUCCCCGACCGCGGAGGAUCGCGAGCGAGCGAUCGACGCGCUCCGGAUCGCGCACGAUCGCAAUACCGGGCGCGACCUGGUCGCGUGGCGUCGCGCGCUCGGGCUCGCGCUCGCGGAGUCGGGCGACGAGGACGACCUGCGCGAGGCGAUCGGUGUCCUGGGCGAGCGCGGACCGGACGGGGAGCCGGACCCGAUCAGCGCGCUCGCCGCGGCCGAUAUCGGCGGGCGGCUCUACGAGCGGACGCGCUCGGCGGCCGACGCCUCGGCGUGGCUCGCGCUCGCGGAGGCAGCGGAGCGCACGGACGCCCCGGAGCAGCGCGCCACGGCUCUCCAGCAGAAGACCCUCGCGCUGCUCACCCUGGAGCGACACGAUCUGGCUCGAGACGCGGCGCGGGAGAUGUGGGACGCGGCCCGGGCGGUCGAUAGCGUCCAUUUGCAGGUGCUCUGCGCCGGGGCGCUGCUCGAAGCGAGCCCGGACGAUACGGCGGCGCUCGCCUCCGUCGUCGAAACGCUCGGCGCGGUCUCGCACACGCGGAUCACGGCGCCCGCGAUGUACGGCGUCGCGACGGCGCUCCGCGAUCGCGUCGACCCCGGGACGCUCUUCGUCGCGGGCACGGAAUCACCGCUCGGCGCGGAGGCGGACCUGCUCGAGACUCUUGCGGAGUGGGGGGAGCGCUCGGGCGAGCGCGGCAUGGUGGAGAUCGCGCGCACGGGACUCGUCACCGCCCGCCUGCUCUCGGGCGAGCACAAGGCGGCGCUCGAGGCGGCGCUGCGGAUCAAGGUCGACUACAGCCCCUCGCCCAACCGGCUGCGACUGGAGGCCGAGUCGCGGAUCGCUCUGGGCGACGACGCCGGCGCGUUCCAGAUGCUGCGCGUCCUCGCGGGCUCGACCGGAACGGAGGCCGCCACCGACGAGCACCACUGGUACGCCUGGGCCCGCAUGCUCGAGAUCCUUGAGAGGCAGAACGCGGACGGCCAGCGCACCGCCGUCAUCACGCGCGAGAUCACGCGUCUCCGCGCCACCGAGGGGUACGAGACGUGCGCGGAGUGCGUCCAGCGCAUCGAGGUAUUCGCUCAGGCGGUCGACCACGGCACGCUGGAUCGCGUGCGCCGUCUCGUCGUACACCUUCUGCGAGUGCCCGAUGGGGUCGGGCACGGGCCGGCCCUCGGGGUCGAGCAGGUCGGUGCGGUCGGCGGCGGUGGGGUCGAUGGCGCGGACCGCGGCGACGUGCGAGGGGGUGAGCCCGUAAAUGGCGUCCGCUUCCGCGAUGAUUUCUUUGGUGAGCGAGCGGGAGCGGUGCUCGUGCAUCGGCAUGCCCAGCGCGGUCACCGAGGUGACGGCCUCGGGGGUCACGGGGAGGCCCUCGAUGGCGGCGGAGCCGGCCGAGGCGAAGGCGAAUUCGAGGGAAUCGAACGGGUGCUUGGAGGCGACGUGGCGCGCGAUCGCCUCGGCCAUGGGGGACCGGCAGGUGUUGCCGCUGCAGACAAAAAGGAUGCUUCUCAUGGACCACCACGCGUGGAGUUUUUCCGGUACGAAAUCUUUCUCAAGGCCGUGGGCGAGCACGGGACUGUCGCGCGCACCGAGGAGAAGGACGACGAGAUCACCCUCGUCCGCUUCGAUAUCGAGUCCGAGGACGAGGACGCCGAAGCCUGGGCCAUCGAGCUGGGCGGCGCCGACGGCGAGCGAGCCAUCGGCUACAAGGUCUCGCCCGAGGACCUCGCCCAGCGCAUCGAGGACGUGCUCCACGCGAGCGGCGUCGCGGAGGCGGCGGUCAUCCCCGUCGGCCCGUGGCGGUUCGUGCUCGACCUCGCCGCGUUCGAGCUGGCGGCGGACGAGCUGUGGCAGGACAUCGACGCCGAGGCGGCGCUGCACAUGAACGGCCACGACCCGCUCGCGCUGCUGCCGGACCGCUUCCACAUCGUGCAGACGAUGGUGCGGGCGAUCAACGAGCACGGCGACAAGCCCGAAGAGUGCCUCACGGUCGUCGCCUCGGACGCGCCGCUCAUCAUCGAGGCGCGCAACGACGGCACCGCGACGGUCCGCGUGCUCCACGAGGCCGUGGCGCGCGAGAUCGUCAAGAAGCUGCACUGA